AUGGCAUCCAAACUAAUUGAUACCUCUAUGGAAUACAAUUGCAAGUUUGAGAAAGACUCUAUUCCUCUAUCUGACCCAAGACAAUUUCAGAGACUUAUUGGCAAGUUAAUCUACCUCACAAUUACCAGAUCGAAUAUCUCCUAUUUGGUAAGCUACAUUUGCCAAUUCUUACAUAAACCAACACAAGAUCACAUGAAUCUAGUGGAUCAGAUUCUUAGAUAUUUGAAGUCUUGUCCAGGAAAAGACACCUGGUUGAAAAGAAAUGGCCACACUGACAUUGUUGAAUAUGCUGAUGUUGAUUGGGCAGGUAGUCCACAUACAGACAAUCCACCUCUGGCUUCUGUACCUUUGUUGGAGGCAACCUUAGGACUUGGAAAGUAA